AGAACUCUAGAAGAAGAUGAUCAGUCAAUCUGAUCUACAACAGUUUAUUCCACAGAAGGUAAUUGACCAACCAGAUAAUUUCCUGUUGUCAAAUGAGUUCUACAAUAAUAAGGGAGAGCCAUUUCUGUUCUGUGAUUCAGAGAACUUAAUGCUGGACGCCUUAUUGAAUGAUUAUCAGUCAAGUUACUACGAUGAGAACCACUACCUGAACAACUCGUUUCCACAAACAGUACUCACGACGCAACCUUGUCUGAGCGAAACAUCAAUGUACAAUAAGGUUUCUACAACGUCGUCAGAAUUGUUACCAGUAGUUACCCAAGAUAACACAGAUUGGUCCAAUCACAGGUUUACUCCACAUUGUAAACUAACUGAUAUCAAGUUUCCAGAUAAUAUUUUCUACAGCCCUAUUG